CCUCUUCCCGUCCCGUCGGGGAAGUUGCGAAAGCGGCAGCGGGGACAGGAAAGGGAAGGCGGCCAAGCGAGAGACCCAGCUAGGCUAUGGCGGGAGCCGCUGCCGCCCCGAAGGAGCUGUCGGCGCCGACGCCGGCGUCGGAAGACUCGGUGCCGCUGGUGGCGCUGAAUUACUCGGUGCGGCGCCGGCUGGGGCUGUUCCUCAACCCGCGCGCCCCGGUGGCCUCCGACUGGACGGUGCUGGCCGAGGAGCUGGGCUACGAGUACCUGGAGAUCAAGCACUUCGAGGCGCAGGCGAACCCCACCGGGCGCCUCCUCGACGACUGGCAGGCGCGAUGCCCCGGCGAGGCCACCGUGGGCUACCUCCUCGAGCUGCUUCGCCGCCUCGGCCGCCAAGACGCCCUCGCCGACCUGGGGCCCAACAUUGAAGAGGAUUGCAAGAAGUACCUGCAGAGGAAAGAGCAGGAGCAAGCCGAGCAGCCCAUACAGGUACCAGCGGUGGACAGCAGCAUUCCAAGGUCAUCUGAAAUGCAGGGCAUCACCACGCGGGACAAUCCUCUUGGGCAAACGCCAGAGCUGUUUGAUGCCUUCAUCUGUUACUGCCAGAGUGAUAUUCCCUUUGUGCAAGAGAUGAUCCAAGAGCUGGAGCAGACGGAACACAAGCUGAAGCUCUGCGUGUUUGACCGUGAUGUCCUGCCAGGGACAUGUGUGUGGACCAUCACCAGCGAACUUAUAGAGAGGCGGUGCCGGAGGAUGGUGGUGGUGAUUUCGGAUGAUUACCUUAACAGCGAAGAGUGUGACUUCCAGACCAAGUUUGCUCUUAGCCUCUCCCCAGGAGCUCGCCUCAAACGCCUCAUUCCGGUUAAGUGCAAAAGCAUGAAGAAAGAGUUUCCGAGCAUCUUGAGGUUCAUUACGGUUUGUGACUACACCAACCCCUGCAAAAAAAUGGUUCUGGAUGCGAUUGGCCAAAUCUCUCUUGCUCCCAUGAUGUAAAGCUGCAAGGCUGAUUGCCUUGCGGUUCAACUAGAACUGCGUCUAAGGAAGGAGGGGACAUGAGCCUUUCUUGGCCUUCACUGCGAAAGCAGAAAACUCGUGUUAAACCCCGACCUUGUCAAGACUCUGAAACAACUCCGUGCCUCAGAACUCGGCCAGUUUUAAGAAAGAAGGCUAGAAAAUAUUAAGGAUUGCAGCUGCUCCUGAAGAAUUUGGUUCCCAUUCCCCACUUUUAGCAAGUUUCCUUCUUGUGAAACAGGAACCGAGAAAAACAUGCUUGAGUAGGAGAAUGUUUAUGGCAUGCAAAAUGAGGAUUAUCUUCUGCAAGGCGUUGAACGCCCUCUCUUUCUAAUAACUCAAGAGCACUCAUUUUUUACUAGCACAAACCAACAGUUGAAAUAGCCCCCAACUCCCAGUAUCCUGUUUCUGACAAGGGUGAGUUCCAGAUGCCUUAAAAUAGGGGCGGUUCAUUGGUCUACUGGGGUCCACAUCUUACAGGCUGCUGCUGUACAGGAAGAUAACCAGAUUCUGGACGUCUUGGUCACUGACCAAUCACUCCCCCCAAUUGUGAAACUUCUUUUGCCUACCAUUUGCCUUGGGAAAACCAUUCCUUAAGUGUAAGGUGGGCAUUCCUAAAAGGGGGGAGGCAGUUGCCAAGCCUCUUUGACCCCGCCCCCCAACCAGCUGUCUAGAAUCUAGAUUGGACCAGGAGCCUGCCAAUCCACUCUGAUCUCUUCCUAAUCAAUACGACACAGGAGUCUACAGGCCACAGCUCUUCCAAUAUUAUAUAACAGCCAGUGGGGGGAAGUGAGUGGAAACAGCAGACUCUGUUUUCUUCCAAGAUUUCUGCUUACUACAACAACCUUACCAAGCAGUUUUAAAAGCAUGUGGGGAUUCUCUGCUUUGGAUCGUUUUAAGUUUCUCAUAAUCUGCCUGAUUCCCAAGGUGUGGAUAGGAAUAAACCCCUCAAGGCAAACAGAAUCUAUGUUUGAUAAAUGGGGCCGUUUGCAUUCUUAGCAUAGCAGUCCUUAAUCCUGAGGAAUCUCUGUCUUAGAAGAAGACUCUGAUAAGCAGUGCAGGGGCACUAACAUCAGGACACAAGUAAUUUUUAGAGGACACUUUUUAAAAAUCCCCGUAGAAAGGCAAAGAGACCAGUGGUCGUCUGAUGCAACCCACUGCCAACACUUACAAAUGCACUCAUCCUGUCUAGGGACAGAGGAGAAUUUUGUUCAGUCCACAUUUUAAAGUGAAGCGACCUAAUUCACAGUCCCUGGACUUGUCUGUGUGGACUAGGAUGCAGUUAUCUGGCAGAUUGCUCAUAUCUCUGAAUUUUGCAAUACAGUUUCAGUUAAAAAUAUGAAAUUCUGUACAUUCUUUUUUUAAAGGGGGAAUGUAUAAUUUAAUUGAAAAUGCAUAGCAAAGGAUAAUAUAAUUUUUUUGGGGGGAAGUUCAUAACAAAAUGUGAACUUUAAAGAAAAUAUGCACAAAAGUGCAUAUUUUGGGGGACAUGCAUACAAUUUAAAUGUGAAUCUAUAGAAAACAGAGUGCACUUGAAACUGACAUAGAUCUGAGAUAGACUGAUCCAGCCAUCCUUUGCUGUGUCCCCCCACCCUAUCGCCUUUUCCAGUCCAGACCACUCUGUACCACUUCUUAAGAGUAAUCCUUGAUAGAAUUCUGAGAGAAAAGUAAUUUUUGCUCUCAUUGUACACAUGAGAUCAACUCUCCUGAGGCCGCAUCAUGAGUCCAUGAAGGAUGUGGGACCUGGAGAUCUUUCAAUUUUCUCCAUCCAGUGAUCCACUAGCUGUGGUAAGCACUUUCCCCACCAUGGGCAAUGGCAAAGUAGAGUGUGGGAUGAGCACCACAUAUAUUGGCCACUCCUCCAUCAGCACUGUCACCAUAGCCCAUUGGUGGACGAUGGUGCACACAGACUCUCCACUUACUCUGGCUGCUGGUGGCAGAUGAAAAUUGCAACAUACCUGGCUCAUUGGCUGAUGAUUUUAAUGCCAAACCAUGGUUUGGUGUUAAAUAGACUAACUUUGGACUUUCAUGUUCUUUCUCCCUCCUCACGCUCUGCUUAAUUAGUGACUUCCUAGUUUACAGCAAACCCUAGUUUGCCAUUGCAUGUGAACCAGUAGACUAUGGCUUGUGCUUGGCAGGCAAAUCAGAGGUCGAUCCUGGUUUGCAAGGCAAGCCAUAGUUUUAUGGUUUCAGUGCAGCAGCCAAUCCAUGGUUUGUGGCAAAUCAGGAAGUCACAAAUUAAGUGGAGCAUUUGAGUGUGCAAGCAUCGAGUUGCUUUAGUACAGUACCUUCUGGAGGACCCUAAGUUAGCCAUCCCUACAGUAGAGUGAGAACAAAGUGUGUUUUAUCAUUUUGUCCCAAACUGUGCGGGCCAUGAGCCCCAAACUUUUCCACGGGUUCUCUUUCAGGCAUCAAUAUUAACAACACCCCAAUAGGUACUAGGAUGUUUUCUGAGAAGAUAGGUUGACGACGGUACGAGGAGACAAGUGGGACAUGCAACAAAAUGUUGCAGUUUGGAAUGCCGCUGCUCAGAAUUACAGCCCCCCAUUCCCAUCCUCUACCCCUUGCCCUGUCAGUCAGCAUUCUGUUUCUCUUGAGUAUGCUGAUCAGGUUGUUUUUUUUUGAGGGGUGGGAGGAGUCGCUCACCUGAGCAUUUUUUUCCUACUACAUAUUUUUUGUACUCCUCCAAAACUUGGGGGUCCCACAAGCUGGCUAACACCUCCCUCAUGUGUGUGAGUGAUACUAUUUAUGCAUGUAAGCACUGGCACUCCCAGCCUGAACAUUGGAAAUAGAGGGGAAAUAAGUGAAAAAAUCAAAUAGGAGCACCUCGUUUCUCUGGGGCAUAUGGAGAUAGGAAAUGUUCGUUAUAUCUCCCAGCUGAUAUACCCUAAGGUCACGUGUGGGAGGCUGACCUCAGGAGGUAAGGAGGAAGGCUCAUUUCAAUGAUAAGAGAUAAUCGAAGUUGUUCGCUUUUUGUCCUGAUUGAUCCACCUCUCCAUGUAUGUGUUUAUAUAGGUUGGGUCUGGCAGGCUAUUCUGACUGCACCCUCUUGUUCACCAUUUUGGAUUACUCUUAGACCGCUGCUUGCGUGCUCUCAAAAUUUUGAAUUCCACUCAAUUCUGCCAUCCCAAAAGUGCUUUCCAUGUGAUCUUCAGAAAUGAAACAGAAAGAGUACUUGGUUUAUCCUUGGAUGUGUAAAUGAAUCCAGUACACUUCUUACCGGGGCAGUUCCAAGGAUGAGUAUAUAUAAUGUGCCCAAACAGGAUAAUUAUAAUCUUCAGUAGCUGAAUGGAACCACCAUAUAGAGGGGUAGUGUACUACUCAUACCAAAUACUGUGAAGAAACAAUGAGGGAAUUUGACCCUGGAGCUGUUUGUGGCAUUCAAACUCCCUGGGCUGGUUCAUAUAUAUAUAUAUAGUUCCCCCACCUGUCUACAUUCCAAUGAAAGAUGCUUGAUCUUAGGAAAAUCCAGGCUCUUUACAAGACAGCAGUUCUCAACAUCCUGAGAAAGUGAGCCGCAAAAUUAUUAUUCCUGGGCAGGCAGUAAUAUGAAUGUGAUGUCUGUAAAUUAAAUUAGUGCGUUAUCUGUUAUCCUUGUGUUAUACCUCAUUACUAAACGUUGCAGAGACCUUAGGAUCCCA